CUUAAAAUGUCAACAAUCGUUGAGAUGGAAGACUAGUAGAAUUCUUAUAUAAAGCUGUUUAAUGUUGAAUAUUCUCUCUGCAAAUCACAACAUUUCGUUAUAUGCGAUAGCGCUUAAGUACUUGGACUUGUAUUAAACACUACUGUUUGAAUACUUACCCAUUGGCGAUAAAGUUUAUGCAAAGUAACAUUUUUAAUAGAUAGCAAUCCAUUGAAAUUUAAUAUCAACAAAUAUGUCGGCAUCAAUAAGACUUUGCAGUAGCCCUGUACGUCAUAUGGUUGCUUCUACCUUUAGAAGAAACAUUGUUUGUGUGCAGAGGAUAUCUGAUGUAAGAAUUUUCAAAGUAUGGCAACAAAAAAGUGCUGCACCAAGCAGUUACAGAUUCAUGUGUACUGGCAAAGAUGGAGGAGGGGGAGAAGAAGGAGGUGGAGGAGGAGGAAAAAGUGGCAAACCACCUGGUGACAUUAAAUCUUUUAAGUGCCAUAAAUGUGGCCAUGAAAACAAAUAUGAUUUAGCUGGUAAAGAAAAGAAAUUUUCGGUAUUGGUUUGCCAGAAUGAGGACUGUAAAGCCAGCAUCAUAGUAGAACCAAUUAGUUCUCCAGAACCACCAAAACCACCUAAACCAGAAAUCACUGUCAACUAUAAGCCUGAAGAUAUUCAUAAGUUUUUGGACCAGCAUGUAAUAGGACAAAAGAAAUGCAAGAAAUAUCUUGCUACACAAGUGUACCAACAUGCCAGAAAGAUUCAGAAGAUAAUGAGUGAGCAACAACAGAAAACUUCACAGGUUGAAACUGAUGUAAAAAUGAAGGAUUUUGAAUUGCAGUUCAGAGCAUUCCUAGGAAAUUCAGGAAAGGUGGUCCCUUUCCAGACUCAGUAUCAAGAAGCUCUUCAGACAAGUCCACUUGGUUUAGGAACCACUCCACAGCAGCAACAACCAUAUCCAAAAAUAGAUAUCAUUGAAACAAAUAAAGAAGUAGAAACAUUCAUUAGAAAGAGUAAUAUGUUCCUGAUAGGUCCAACAGGAACAGGUAAAACACUUCAAGUAGAAACCCUAGCUAAAUGUCUGAAUCUUCCGUUUGCGAAAUGGGACUGUACAAAUCUGACAUCAGCUGGGUAUGUUGGUGAAGACGUAGAAUCUGUGAUAGAGUUGUUGUAUCAUAAUGCUGGACAGGAUGUACAAAAAUGUCAAACUGGUAUUGUGUAUUUGGAUGAAGUUGAUAAGCUGAGGAAGACAGCAGGUUUAAAUGUUAGAGAUGUAGGCGGAGAAGGGGUACAACAGAGUCUGCUUAAAAUAUUGGAGGGUAGUGUUGUUAAUAUUCCACAAGAUAGAGGAUCCAAUAAACGGUUAAAAGACAAAGAAACUGUUCAGAUAGAUACUACCAACAUUUUGUUUAUAUUAUCUGGAGCCUUUACUGGAAUAGAGGAAAUAGUUCGGAGACGAGUUACUAAAGAUUCUAGCUUUGGUCUUGGUGCAGCAAAAGUUACAAGUGAAACAGAACUAAAUGCACAGAAAAAUAAAUCAAUCAUUAGCAAAGCAGAAUUAGAAUUUCAAGAGAGAAACAGUUUACGUGAAAAAUUAGAAGAAAAAGAUAUCAUAGACUAUGGAUUCUUACCAGAAUUUGUGGGACGUGUAGCAAUCAUUGCAACAGUCCAAGAUCUGACUGUAGAGGAUUUAAUAAGAAUAUUAACAGAACCCAAGAGUUCUAUUGUAGCUCAGUAUAAACAGAUGUUUGCAUUAGAUGAUUGUGAUCUUGAAAUAGAAGCAGGUGGCUUAAAGGCAAUAGCAGAGAAAGCUUUUGAAAAGAAAGUUGGUGCCAGAGGAUUGAGAGCUAUUAUGGAGUCACUAUUUUUAGAUAUUAUGUACCACCUUCCAGAUUUAAAAUCCGUGAUAAUUACUGAAGACUUUGUGAGAGGGAAAGCUGACGCUAUCAUUGUUAAGAAGCCUGAUGAAGCAGUUGAAGUGUAUGGAUAACUCACAGAUAUAAUAAGAGAUCAUGUAUUCAUUAUGUGUAUAACAACAUUUUCAGGGAAAUUUUAUAAUUUUAUUAGGACUAAAUAAAUUUGAAAUGAUAUUGUAAAGAGACAUUAUCUCAUCUUAAAUUUGCUAACAAAGUUUUGCAUCAAAUGAAAACAUGUCAUAAGGCUGUGAUAAAUAUGUUUCAUAAGUAUUCUUUUCAAUUUAUUUAGAAGAAAUAUUUUCACUGAAGAAAAUUGAUAUAAAAAAGUUCGAAUAAAUAUAUAGGUAAGCUUUAAUGUUUUUAGUUGAUACUCCCUUUAUAAUCAAGAUAUAAGAAAAAUUUAAAUUUGCAAAUAAAGUGAGAUAAUUACAAUAGAUUAUUUCUCUCUAUGUUUGAUUUUUUUUAAACAAGAAAGAAAAUGGUUAAAUUGUAGAACUAAAAUUUAUCUAGAAUCAAAGAAAUGCCAUGGCUUUAUAAUUAAAAAAAAGAAUCGCGAUUUCUAUAUUUUCAAAGAAUUGUCUAAAUAUUUUUAAUCAGUAUAAUCCAAUGUAAGUCUUUUUAUUUCAAAUUCAGUUUAAUCCAAGUUUGAUUUCUGUUCUCUAUUUGUAAUACAUGUUAAAUUUUUUAUCACAAAUUUUAUCAUACAGCACCAGGCAUUCAGUUCAAACUUUGAUUGAAGUAAUAUUUUUUUAUAUACAUUGUGUAAAUCUGCAUAAUGAAGUAUAAGUGUUCAUUUUCAUUGUUGGAAAUGGGGAUGGGGUUAUGUGUGGAAGUGUAUAAGGUAUGUCUUGUCGUAUGAUGUCUUUCAUGUUUGAAGUGCUGAAAACAAGUUUAUUUCAUGUGUGGAUAUAUGUAAAUUUUAUUCCAUGUCUGAAUCAUCUUACAUACAUGUUUUUAAUGCUUUGGAUAAAAUUCAUAUGUCAAUGUUUGUGUUUUAAUGUGUGUCUCAUCAUUGGUCUUGCAUAUAGCUUGAAAAAGAAAAAAAAAUUCUUAAAGAAUAUUUAAAAAAAAUAUAUAUAAUCUUCAAGACUGGUAAAAAUAUACCACUAUUCUUUAUUAAAAUGUAAAAAAUGUGUGAAUUUCUAUGAAAAAUAUAAUUGUACUGUGGACAAAUUUCCACAUGCUGAGUGUAAAUCAACGAAAAUGGUUUUAUAUACAUGUAUUUUAAAGAAUUGUUUGAAUUGCUAGAAGUUUGAUUGACAUGUUGUUAGUUUCGAAAAGUGAUAUUAUUUAUGGUAAAUAAUUUAUUGAAUUAUGAAAAUUGUAAAAAUGUCCUUUUGUGGUAUUUUAUUCCUCAAUUAAAAUGUUAACUUGUUUUUGACAUUUAAAUUUUUCUUUGUUGCUUUCCUGGAAAUUAAUUGUGUGAAGAAUUUAGAAAAAUGUCAUCAAAUAAUUGUAUACUUCACGUUUUUCAUAUUUUGAAAUAAAUGAACAGAGAGUAUAGGAUGUUUAACUAUAUAAAAUCUUUAUUUUGAAAAAUUUACUGGAAUUAUUACUCUCCUUUAAACUUCAAUACAGAUUAAGAUACUAAUGUUUAAAAAAAAUUUAAUCAUGAUAUUGGCAAGGUCACAAAAUAUUUUUACACACGAAACAUCCAGUGAAUAUAAAAAGGAAAUAUUAUUUUGUUAUCAUUUUCUUUCUGUGCUGGUUAUUUAAGAAAUGCCUUUUUUAGUGACACGAAUGCAGUUUUUAAAUUUUAUGUCUUUCCAUCUUUGUUCAUUUCAGUAAUAUGUGUACCCGGUUAUAUGUGUAUUGAUGUAUAGCUCAAAUCUGCACUGAUUUCUGUCAAUGUAACCUGAUCUUAUAUUAUAUGAAAUGAAAACUUAAAUUGGUUUUGGUCAUUGUAUAAAAUACUUUCAGUGCAUACUUUUUAACAAAGCUUUUAUUUUUUUUAUUAAGAAAGAAAAAAUUGUUGAAGCAAAUAUGUUUAAUAUGGUUUCUCAUAUAUAAGGUAAUAGUGGGCUUAAAAUAUUUAUCAGAGAAUAAGUAAGUGUUUUAUGAUUUGAACAUCCAUAUUUGUUAAAAAAAAUUGUUACCAAUAAAAUAUACUUAGUAAUA